AUGUCUGAAAAAUUUGACGUUGGUUUAAACGACGCGGCGGAAAAAUCUAAAAAAAACGGUGUGAAAUCGACGACUAGCAGUCCGGUUAUAACGGAUGCAAAAUCCCCAUUAAAUAAAAACGUUUUGCUAACAAUGGAAUCUUAUCAAAUGCUUUUUGAUAAGAACGAACCACCAUUUAAACAUCAUUUAGAACAAGUCAUUAUGAUGCCAUCAUACAGUAAAAGACAACAGUGA